GACAUCGCCGGCUAUAGAAGAAACGAUACAGUUGGUAUUGCCAGUACACAGGCGGUCGUGUGGAGCGUGUGUGGGUAAGCAAAGCAGGUUCUAGUGUGACUGUUUGGGAUUAGGAUGAAGGAUUCCUUGACCCUUCUCUCUCGCAUCCCAGCACAUCCAGAUUCUCGAUGCUGGUUUCUAGCUUGGAAUCCUACAGGAACUCUCUUAGCUUCCUGUGGUGGGGAUCGGAGCAUCCGAAUAUGGGGCAAGGAAGGUGAUGCCUGGGUAUGCAAAUCGGUGCUAGGUGAGGGGCACCAAAGGACCAUCCGUAAGGUGGCCUGGUCCCCUUGUGGGAACUAUCUGGCUUCGGCCAGCUUUGAUGCUACUACCUGCAUAUGGAAGAAGAACCAAGAGGAUUUUGAGUGUGUAGCUACUCUGGAGGGCCACGAAAAUGAAGUAAAGUCCGUGGCUUGGGCCCCAUCAGGCAAUCUUCUAGCCACCUGCAGCCGAGACAAGAGCGUCUGGGUUUGGGAAGUGGAUGAAGAGGAUGAGUACGAGUGCAUGAGUGUCCUGAACUCCCACACACAGGACGUAAAGCACGUCGUCUGGCAUCCCAAUCAGGAGCUGUUGGCAUCAGCCAGUUAUGACGACACAGUGAAAUUGUACCGGGAGGAGGAGGAUGACUGGGUGUGCUUCACCACACUGGAGGGGCAUGAGUCCACCGUGUGGAGUUUGACCUUUGACCAGAGUGGAGAGCGCCUGGCCUCCUGCAGUGACGACAAGACGGUGCGUAUUUGGCACCAGUAUCAGCCAGGCAAUGAGCAAGGUAUAGUUUGCAGUGGCACAGAUCCCACAUGGAAGUGUGUCUGUACCCUAUCUGGUUUCCACACAAGAACCAUCUAUGAUGUGGCAUGGUGCCAUUUGACAGGAGCUUUAGCCACCGCCUGCGGAGAUGAUGCAGUCAGAGUGUUUGAGGAACAGCCGCUCUCAGACCCCCAACAACCCACCUUCACCUUGACUGCCCACAUGGCCAGGGCUCACACCCAAGAUGUGAACUGUGUGGCUUGGAACCCAAAGGAACCCGGGCUUCUGGCAUCAUGCAGUGAUGAUGGGGAAAUGGCGUUCUGGAAAUACCAGCGCCCUGAGGCUUAUUGAGGGUAUUGGUGUUCCUCAGUUUCUCAUGUCAGUGGUGUAGACCUUCUACUACUGUUUCUAGCACUGUUGUACAAAUGCCCUUGCAGGAAACACAGAUAGGAGAUUGUGUAUGGUUUUCUCUAAAUGAUUCCUCGUCCCACAAGAUAGUGAGCCAGCAGCUCUCUCAGGAAUCAUGUAAUAGGGACAAAGACUGUCUUUUAGCCAAAGGGGAAAACCUUGUUCUGGUUGUUGCCAUCUUCUCUUCUAUAAAAUCCACAUUAUUGUCCCACUUGUCACAUUGGCCUGCUGGACUUAUCCCUCGCCCAAGUCUGUGGACUCUGAUUAGCUAAUGGCCAUGCAGAUGCCUGGUUGAUGGCAUCACUUUUGCACUGUAACUCACAAGGAAAGGGCCCUGUGCUGGUUUCUACUGUACAUUUAUAGUUGGACACAAGGUUGGUACUAGAAUGCAGAACUGCAGGGACAAAGGACAGUUGGUGAUAUAACACUUCAGGGGGGAAAGUAAAAACGUGAUAAUGGAUUCUUGUACCUGGUUGUCAAAUAUUGUCUUAAAGUGUGUUACCUGAGUGAACAGGUGAAAGCUUUAGUACCUGGGUUGAGCAGAAGUAUUUUUAAAAGGUCUCCUUAUCACUUAUCAAUUUUUUAAAAUUUAAGUAACCUAAUGGUACAGACCUCAGUACCAAGCAAGGCCCAAAAAAUGUUACAUUGGGGCAAAUUUCAACAGCUGUAAUCUAGAAAGCAGCCCCUGACAGCAGUGAUCAUGGGUGUGAAAUAAGCUUACCUGGCAGGAGGAACAGCAGCAAACAGCCCCUUGGUGGGAGAAGGUCAAAUAGAUUUGCUCUGACAAUAAACACAGUGAUCUUUCAUGUCUUC